UUUUGUUCAUUGUCACUGAGAGAGGAUCGGCUGGGCUCGGCUCGGCUCGGCUCUGCUCGGCUCUGCUCGGCUGGGCGAGCGCUGGGGGAUCUCCAGGUCCAGCCAGGAGGGAAUUCCUGAUCUGGAAUGACAGUGUGGAAGGACCAGGAAAAGAAAGAGGAGAGGAUUGCACCCUCUAAGAGACAAGGUGCUGGUAAGACAGCAGCCUGGGAGAAUCAUCGCGUGAAUCUGCUGCAUUCCCCCCUGGCAAUGAAGAGACUGGCUGCUGUGAGAUUGAGACUGCAGUUUGGUGUUUUUAACUGAAGUGCAAGACAAAGCAACAUUUUUUGCAGGUGUGCAUUGGACCACAUGGAAGAUAAGGGUAGAAAUUAGCCUGGCUUUCCCAGGUUCAACAUCUGUAAAUCUUGUCUGGUUUCUGUAUCCCUUCACUAUGAUGGCUGCAUUUUCCUUCAGUUGCAGGAUACGUUCAGUGAUGUUCAAACCUAUGUCGAACAUCACUGUCUUGAUAUCAGGCAAACCUGCUUUGAAAGCGUCUUUCAGACUGAAGUAUUUCCCCAAACUUACUCUUGCUUACUUAGGUCUGGGAGCUUCAUCGGUUGCAAAUUCCCAGAAGGCGGUCACUAUGGAAGCAAAAGUGUUACAUUGGCCAAAUUCAAAGGCUAAACACUCAUUUUUGAAAGAUCUAUUCUGGAAGCUUCGUUUAACUGUUCAAGUGGCUGUUCGAGCUGUGGUUCUGCUGUUGAGGUUUGGACCUUUGUUGCUGCUGUAUCCAGUUUGUCUUGCAUCUUCCAGUUUUGGUACUUUCUGGUGUAAUUUGCUUUUGAGAUCCAUUGAGGCUGCUGGUCCUACUUACAUUAAACUUGGUCAGUGGCUCAGCACCAGGAGGGAUCUCUUCUCAGCAGAGUUCUGUGAUAAGCUCUCCAGACUUCAUGUCCAUGCUGUACCACAUCCAUGGCACUACACAGAAUAUAGUAUGAAAAGGGCCUUUGGAGAGGGCUGGAGUAAUAUAUUUCAGUUUGAAAAUAAGAAACCUAUCAGAUCAGGCUGCAUUGCUCAAGUCUACAGAGCUUACACUGAUCCAAGGAACAUUAAUAACUCUGAAUUUCAGAAACUUGUUGAAAGUUUUGAAAAAGAGGACCACUUUGAAGCCUGGGAGGUAUUUGGGCUUCAAGGCAUAUUUCAUUACAUAUUUGGUAAAAAACAGAAUGAAUUUCAAGAUCAGACCAAGAAAGUUGACCAUAAUGACCCAGAAAAUGGAGUUGAAACUGCUGAGGAAUCUGCUGGAAUACCAGAACUGGAGGAUAGAAAGGCAUACAUUCACCCUGAACCAAUAACGCUCAUUCCAGUGGCUAUCAAGGUGAUGCAUCCUGGGAUAGCCCAUCGAGUCAAUAUGGAUCUGAUGCUGAUGAAAGCAGCAACAUGGGUUCUCAAUCUCCUGCCAGGUCUAAAGUGGCUGAGGUUGACUGAAGUAAUAGGAGAAUUUGAAGAGGUCAUGAAACGAUUGAUUGACUUGCGCCAUGAAGCAAAGAAUAUGGAGAAGUUCCGAGAGAAUUUUCAGAAUAUGGAAUCAGUCAAGUUUCCAAUACCCCUCAGGCCGUUUGUCACAAGAACAAUUCUGGUUGAAACAUUUGAGGAGAAUGAACCCAUCUCAAUGUACUUGGCAAAGGAUGUACCUUACGUACUGAAACAGAAGUUGGCAAGAGUUGGGGUGGAGAUGCUGCUGAAGAUGGUGUUUGUGGAUAACUUUAUUCAUGGAGACCUUCACUCUAGAAAUAUUUCCAUCCAGGGGGCUAAUCAAUUUCAUUUACAAAAUGAUGACAAGACGACGAUUGUAGACUUAUGUGAUACGCUAAUUGUUAAUGUGCAUCAUUCCCAAUGCCCAUUAAAGCUUAUUCUUCUAGAUACUGGCAUUGUUACUGAACUCCAUCCAUCUGACGUGCAUAAUUUCAAGGCUGUCUUCACCGCUUUAAUUGAAGGGCAGGGAGAACAAGUUGCAGAAUUACUCCUGACUCGGUCCAGAGCCAAUGAAUGUCCGGACAUACAACUUUUUAAAUCUGAAAUAAAAAAUCUCCUCAGUGAAGCCAGGAAGAAGACAAAUUCUCUGGGAGAGCUCCAUGUUGCAGGUUUACUGUCUCAGGUUUUGGAGACACUGUUUGCACACAAGGUCAAGGUGGAAAGUAACCUGGUCUCCAUCAUUUUUGCUUUCAUGGUCUUGGAGAGCCUUAGUCAUUCUCUGGAUCCCAAGCUGGACUUUCUGGAAGUGGCCAGACCUGUGCUACUGAAGGACACCCAAAAUUUGUAAUGAUGUUCUCAAACUGUGGCAUUGCAUUAUGACCACCCUUACUCAUGAAAGGAGAGAGAGAGCACCUUUGACCAGAGAUCUGCACCUAUUCAACUUUGACCAAUGCAAGAGUGGAGAUUUAACUACAGGAUGAUGCCUAGUCCAAUAAAAAUCCAUUUGUGGAGUUAUUUGUGUUUUAAUCAGACUGUUGAGCCCUUGUAAAAGUGUAAACAAAAUGAAAAUGCAAGAUUGUGUGUGUACAAAUAGACUUCUUGGAUAUAUUGAUUUUAUUAUACUGCACCAACAAACUGAACAAAUGUAGCUUUCAAUGGUGGUGAUUUGAAUCAGGGAGUUGGGGAGGGGGUUAAGAUGUUGGUACAGUGCAUACCAUGCUGCAGAACUUUGUACAACAACCUAAUAAAA